AUGGGCUUCAUUGUUGUUCCUGCUACCCUCCCUGACAUUCGGGCCAUCUACGAUGCCUGGUUCGCCGCCUUCAAAGGCCAAGUGAUUCUCGAUCUCAUCUACCCUGGAAGUGAUGUCGACGAUGAAGCUUUCCGCAAGGUACAUGCCGAGGGUACCCUUGGAUAUUGGCAAGGGCUGAGCAUGGAACACACAUUCCAAUGCAUUGAUACCGAAACUGGCCGCGUCGCUGGCAUGGCGACCUGGCAGGUCUACUGGCGCGAGCGAACCGAUGCUGAGCGCAUUAAGCCAUGGAUUGGAUGGCUUGACGGAGACCAGCGCAAGCGCGCUGAGGGAUUUCUGGGGCUGCUUUGGGAAAAAAGAGAAAAAUAUGUGGGACCGAAGAAGCAUGUUUACUGCCAUACUGUCGCAGUACACCCCGACUACCAAGGCCGUGGCGUUGGUGCCCAACUUAUGCAAUGGGGUCUUGAGACAUCAGAGAAAUUGAAUGUCCCGAUCUAUUUAGAGUCCACCGUGGACGGUGUUCCUUUGUAUAACAAGCUUGGUUUCCAGACGCUUGCGGAACCGAUUGUAUUCAAACCAGAAGUCACUCGGCUUGAAAAGGAUAUUCAAGCACCAUUGAUGGUGAAGAUGCCCAAGGGCGCGGGCAACGCAACAUUUGAGCAAUGGGCAGAUAUCACGCCCUCAACAACUUGA